AGUAUCACAUCAGUAGGACAGUGAUACAGACGUUGUCAUCUUUUGUUGUGUAGUAGUUGUCGGGAUUUGGUUAAGUCGUUUGUUAAAAUGUCGACGCAUUUUUACCAACUAAGCACUAAUUUACUCGGGGACACAGUCGGGAAAAUGACCGAGAACACGACCUCCUUGGUUCUGGCAGCCUCGUUCAUCACGCUCAUGGUCGGUUACGUUUCUAAAGUGCUGCUGAGAGAGUCUCCUGACAUAGAUGCGAAAUAUCCGCCUUACAUACCCUCCAGCAUCCCCUUCCUCGGUCAUGCAAUUGCAUUUGGAAAAAGCCCAAUUGAAUUCCUUGAAAGGGCUUAUGAAACAUAUGGUCCUGUGUUUAGCUUCACCAUGGUGGGAAAAACAUUCACCUACCUGCUGGGCAGUGAAGCGGCCACACUGCUGUUCAAUAGCAAGAAUGAAGACCUUAAUGCAGAGGAUGUCUACUCCAAACUUACCACUCCAGUGUUUGGCAAAGGAGUAGCCUAUGAUGUGCCAAAUCCUAUCUUUCUGGAACAGAAGAAGAUGCUAAAGACUGGACUGAACAUUGCCCAUUUUAAGGAGCAUGUUAAGUUAAUUGAAGAAGAAACCAUUGAGUAUUUUAAGAGAUGGGGAGACAGUGGCGAAAGAAACUUGUUCGAAGCUUUGUCCGAGCUGAUCAUCCUGACAGCUAGCAGCUGUCUCCAUGGGAAGGAGAUCCGUGGUAUGUUGAAUGAGCGGGUGGCCCAGCUUUAUGCAGAUCUGGAUGGAGGGUUUAGCCAUGCUGCUUGGCUCCUGCCUAGCUGGCUGCCCCUUCCCAGUUUCAGGAAGAGAGACAAAGCUCACAGAGAGAUAAAAAAUAUUUUCUUCAAAGUUAUUCAGAAACGCAGAAGAUCUGGAGAGAGAGUGGACGACAUCCUGCAGACCCUCAUUGAUGCUACAUACAAAGAUGGCCGGCCUCUGACUGAUAACGAGAUUGCAGGCAUGCUGAUUGGUCUACUCCUGGCGGGUCAGCACACGUCAUCUACCACCAGCGCCUGGAUGGGGUUUUUCCUGGCCAGAGACAAAACUCUGCAGGAACGCUGCUAUGCUGAGCAGAAAGCUGUGUGUGGAGAAGACCUUCCUCCACUUGACUUUGAUCAGCUGAAGGAUCUCAGCUUAUUGGAACGCUGCUUAAAGGAAACCCUACGGCUCCGCCCACCCAUUAUGACCAUGAUGAGGAUGGCUCGCAAGCCUCUUACUUCUGCAGGUUACACCAUCCCUGUAGGCCACCAGGUCUGCGUCUCUCCGACUGUCAACCACCGUCUGCAAGACACCUGGGAGGAGAGGAUGGAGUUCAGCCCUGAGCGAUACCUUGAUGACAACUUUGCUUCAGGGGAAAAGUUUGCCUAUGUGCCAUUUGGAGCUGGCCGUCAUCGCUGCAUCGGAGAAAACUUUGCCUACGUACAGAUCAAAACUAUCUGGUCCACCUUGCUACGCAUGUAUGACUUUGAUCUAGUGGAUGGCUACUUCCCCACAAUCAACUACACCACAAUGAUUCACACCCCUCACAACCCCGUCAUUAGAUACAAGAGGAGAAAGUAGUGAGACGCUGAGGGUGGAGGUUUGAGAAACAAAAAAAGAAGCUUCCUGUGUGGUUAAAGUUUUGACGUCCUGGGACUUGAAUUGAAGAAAAGAUAAAUGAAUGCACUUUGCGUCUGAUUUCAGCUCUUUGCUUUUAAAGUUUAUUUUAGUACCCCGCUGUUCAGCUUUUUUUUUUUUUUGCUUAGUGGAUCAUUUUUAAGUUUCCAGACUGACAUACACAGUUGUGGGACUCCAUCUUUAAAGAUGAUGCUCAUGUUCACAAUGUGAAUUCUUAAACAGAAAUGGAGAAAUAACGAAGUGCCUUGUAAUGUGACAUCCACAGACUGAAUUAAAAUU